ACCGUCGGGAAGGUCUAGGUGGGGCUGGCACCUUUCGCGAGGACGACGCUCCUCCCUCGGUGAGGGAGGACAGCCUUGCCGGAGCCGAGGAACCGCUCAGCCCUUCAUCUCCCUCUUAUUUCCUUCUGAUGAAAAGAUUGACGCAGGCGCGGUGGCCCCCCGGGCCCCUCCCACGGUGAGCAUGCGCACUAGACGCCGUCUUGUGUUUUUUCCCUCCCCAGGCCCCGCCCCUAGGCCCUUUGUCCCGCCCAUAAGGCUUAAACCCCGCCCCGGCAGUCCCGCCUGGCCCCGCCCCUGCGCAGGCGCAGAAGGGUUGUAUCCCCGGCAGCUCCGGAGCGCGGGAGAUUUGUAGGUAAUGGCGGGCGCCUGGUCUCCUGGCUGUUGCCAAGGAAGCUCAUCUUCGUCCUGCGUGUGUGACCGCCGGGGCAAGUGGAGCGAGUCCUCGCUGCUGGGCAGGCGGCUGUCGGAGGACUCGAGGCGCCACCAGCUGCUGCAGAAGUGGACGAGCAUGUGGAGCUCCUCCGGCGGGGACGGGUCGGGGGCGGAGGCGCCGGCGGGCGCGGAGGAGGCGCCGCGCGCGGCGGGCGCGGCGGCCGAGGCGGCGGCGGGGACGGAGGCCGAGGCGGCGGAGCCCCCGCUGGUGUUCCUGUGCUCCCAGUGCCGGCGGCCGCUCGGCGACUCGCUCAGCUGGGUCACCUGCCAGGAAGACACCAACUGCAUCCUGUUGCGCUGUGUUUCCUGUAAUGUCGCUGUGGAUAAGGAACAGAAAUUAUCCAAACGCAAAGAUGAAGACGGUUGCAUUCUGGAGACUCUGUACUGUGCAGGCUGCUCCCUCAACCUGGGCUACAUAUACAGAUGCACGCCCAAGAACCUAGAUUACAAGCGGGACUUGUUUUGUCUCAGUGUUGAAGCUAUUGAAAGUUAUGCUUUAGGGUCCUCUGAAAAGCAAAUGGUGCCAGAAGAUAAAGAACUUUUUAAUCUUGAAAGCAGAGUUGAAGUAGAAAAGUCUCUAAAGCAGAUGGAAGAUGUCUUGGUAGCGCUGCAAAGGAAGCUGUGGGAAGUGGAGUCAAAGUUGGCCAUUAUCAGUUCUAACAGAUGAGCUCUUCCUCCCACCCCACCACACCCACUUCUCUUUCUCCCUUCUUUUUUGAUUUUUUUGGCCCUUAAAUGAGAAGCGUUGUAAAAUUAUCUCUGUAGUUAUAUUUCGUGCUAAAGAGGAAUUGUUACCCUCAUUUAAAAUUUAAAGCCAUUUUAUGGUAUUUUUAUUUUGAUAAGAGGCUGCGAUGACUUUCCAAACUAUUUGUUCCCUGUGUUAAUAUUCACUAUUUUUGACUUAAACAACAAAACAAGACCAUGUCACUUUUAAUACACUUUGGACAAUUUUUAAUAAUGAAUUUUAAGAAGAGUGUGAACAUUUUCCCUGCUUACC